AUGGACAAUGCAUACAUUAAUGAACAGAAAAGAAGGGAACAGGCAGGUUUUCAUGAAGAAUUUCCUAUAGCAAACCACAGCUUAAUGGUCACAAAAGGAGCUGUAACUGCUCAAGAGGCAGUGGCAGUAGUACAUACAAAGGCACUUUCCAAAUUGGGUCUCUAUGCAGGCCCUGAUCCCAGCCUGGAGGGUGCUUCUAUUGUCAAGCUACCUCCACACCAAGGAUUGAGAAGAGGUGGUGGUUAUCAAGAAUUCAUUAAAGCUCAUUCUUACAUUUUUCUUUUUGCUGUUGUUUUUAGUGAUCUCAGUGAAAAUCAGAUUCAGGCAAUUCCAAGGAAGGCUUUUCGUGGUGCAGUUGACAUUAAGAACCUGCAACUGGAUUACAACCAGAUCAGCUGUAUUGAAGAUGGGGCAUUUAGGGCUCUACGGGACCUGGAAGUGCUCACCCUCAACAAUAACAACAUUACUAGAUUGUCAGUGGCAAGUUUCAACCAUAUGCCAAAACUUAGGACUUUUCGACUUCAUUCCAACAACCUCUACUGUGACUGCCACCUCGCCUGGCUCUCUGAUUGGCUCCGUCAAAGACCUCGGGUUGGCCUCUACACUCAGUGUAUGGGUCCAUCCCACCUGAAGGGCCAUAAUGUAGCUGAAGUUCAGAAACGUGAAUUCGUCUGCAGUGGUCACCAGUCAUUUAUGGCUCCCUCUUGCAGUGUGUUGCAUUGUCCAGCUGCAUGUACCUGUAGUAACAAUAUUGUGGAUUGUCGUGGAAAAGGUCUUACUGAGAUACCUACCAAUCUACCAGAAACGAUCACUGAAAUACGUUUAGAACAAAAUUCAAUCAAGGUCAUCCCUCCUGGAGCUUUUUCCCCAUAUAAAAAGCUUCGAAGAAUUGACCUGAGCAAUAACCAAAUCUCAGAAAUUGCACCAGAUGCUUUCCAUGGCCUGCGAUCACUGAACUCACUUGUCCUCUAUGGAAAUAAAAUUACAGAACUUCCAAAAAGCCUAUUUGAAGGACUAUUUUCUUUACAGCUUCUACUUCUGAAUGCUAACAAGAUAAACUGCCUCCGAGUAGAUGCUUUUCAAGACCUCCACAACUUGAACCUUCUCUCCUUGUAUGACAACAAACUGCAGACCAUUGCCAAGGGCACCUUUUCACCUCUGCGUGCUAUUCAGACUUUGCAUUUGGCUCAGAACCCAUUUAUUUGUGACUGCCAUCUGAAGUGGUUAGCGGAUUAUCUUCAUACAAACCCUAUUGAGACCAGUGGUGCCCGGUGCACCAGCCCCCGACGGCUGGCAAACAAAAGGAUCGGACAGAUCAAAAGCAAGAAAUUCCGGUGUUCAGCUAAAGAACAGUAUUUCAUUCCAGGCACAGAAGAUUAUCGAUCAAAAUUAAGUGGAGACUGCUUUGCAGAUCUGGCUUGCCCCGAAAAGUGCCGCUGUGAAGGAACUACAGUAGAUUGCUCCAAUCAAAAACUCACCAAGAUUCCGGAUCACAUUCCUCAGUAUACUGCAGAACUCCGUCUCAAUAACAAUGAAUUCACAGUAUUGGAAGCUACAGGGAUCUUUAAGAAGCUCCCUCAGCUACGUAAAAUAAAUUUCAGCAACAAUAAGAUCACAGAUAUUGAAGAAGGAGCAUUUGAAGGAGCCUCUGGUGUAAAUGAAAUUCUUCUCACUAGUAACCGACUGGAAAAUGUUCGCCAUAAGAUGUUCAAGGGAUUAGAAAGCCUCAAAACUCUGAUGUUGAGAAGUAAUCGCAUAACCUGUGUAGGAAAUGAUAGCUUCAUAGGACUCAGUUCUGUACGUUUGCUUUCUUUGUAUGACAAUCAAAUUACAACAAUUGCUCCAGGAGCGUUUGAUACCCUUCAUUCCUUAUCCACGUUAAACCUCUUGGCCAAUCCUUUUAACUGUAACUGCUACUUGGCUUGGUUGGGAGAUUGGCUUAGGAAGAAACGCAUUGUAACAGGAAAUCCUCGAUGUCAGAAACCUUACUUCCUAAAAGAGAUUCCGAUCCAGGAUGUUGCAAUUCAGGAUUUUACUUGUGAUGAUGGAAAUGAUGACAACAGCUGUUCUCCACUGUCACGCUGCCCAGCAGAAUGUACUUGCCUUGAUACUGUGGUCCGAUGUAGUAACAAGGGCCUGAAAACCUUACCAAAAGGAAUCCCCAAAGACGUCACUGAAUUGUAUUUGGAUGGGAACCAGUUUACCCUGGUUCCCAAGGAACUUUCGAACUACAAACAUUUAACACUCAUAGAUCUAAGUAACAACCGAAUCAGCACACUUUCUAAUCAGAGCUUCAGCAACAUGACACAGCUACUGACCUUAAUUCUUAGUUACAACCGUCUCCGAUGUAUACCCGCUCGGACCUUUGAUGGGUUGAAGACUCUUCGUUUACUGUCUUUGCAUGGAAAUGACAUUUCUGUUGUACCUGAAGGAGCUUUCAAUGAUCUUUCCUCUUUAUCACAUCUAGCCAUUGGUGCAAACCCUCUCUACUGUGACUGUAAUAUGCAGUGGUUAUCAGACUGGGUCAAAUCAGAAUACAAAGAACCUGGAAUUGCUCGAUGUGCGGGUCCUGGGGAAAUGGCAGACAAGCUACUACUCACGACACCAUCCAAAAAAUUUACAUGCCAAGGUCCGGUGGAUGUUAACAUACUUGCUAAAUGUAGCCCAUGCUUAUCGAAUCCAUGUAAAAAUGAUGGCACCUGUAACAAUGAUCCUGUCGACUUCUAUCGAUGCACUUGCCCAUAUGGUUUCAAGGGCCAGGAUUGUGAUGUUCCAAUCCACUCCUGCAUCAGUAACCCAUGCAAACAUGGCGGAACUUGUCACUUGAAAGAAGGAGAAAGGGAUGGUUUCUGGUGUACUUGUGCCGAUGGAUUUGAAGGAGAAAAUUGCGAAGUGAAUGUUGAUGACUGUGAAGACAAUGACUGUGAAAAUAAUUCCACCUGUGUCGACGGAAUUAACAACUACACAUGCCUUUGCCCACCUGAGUACACAGGUGAGUUGUGUGAGGAGAAACUCGAUUUUUGUGCCCAGGACCUUAACCCCUGCCAACAUGACUCAAAGUGCAUCCUGACACCAAAGGGAUACAAAUGUGAUUGCACUCCUGGAUAUGUAGGUGAGCACUGUGAUAUCGACUAUGAUGACUGCCAGGAUAACAAGUGUAAGAAUGGAGCCCAUUGUACAGAUGCAGUGAAUGGCUACACUUGCAUCUGCCCUGAAGGUUACAGUGGCUUAUUUUGUGAGUUUUCUCCACCAAUGGUUCUACCACGCACCAGCCCUUGCGAUAACUUUGAGUGUCAGAAUGGAGCCCAGUGCAUCAUAAAGAUAAAUGAGCCAAUAUGUCAGUGUUUGUCUGGCUACCAAGGUGAAAAGUGUGAAAAGUUGGUCAGUGUCAAUUUUGUCAACAAGGAAUCUUAUCUUCAAAUACCUUCAGCCAAGGUUCAACCUCAGACAAACAUCACUCUACAGAUUGCCACAGAUGAGGACAGUGGAAUUCUUCUGUAUAAAGGUGACAAAGAUCAUAUAGCAGUGGAGCUGUAUCGUGGGCGUGUGCGGGCCAGCUACGACACAGGAUCUUAUCCGGCAUCUGCCAUUUACAGUGUGGAGACAAUUAAUGAUGGAAACUUUCACAUAGUGGAACUGAUUGCAAUGGGUCAGAGUCUGUCACUAUCCGUUGAUGGUGGAAGCCCCAAAACCAUUACCAACUUAUCAAAGCAAUCCACUCUGAAUUUCGACUCCCCACUUUAUGUAGGAGGAAUGCCCGGAAAGAACAAUAUUGCAGCUCUGCGCCAAGCCCCAGGACAGAAUGGCACCAGUUUCCAUGGAUGCAUUCGCCACCUAUACAUCAACAGUGAACUUCAAGACUUCAGGAAGGUGCCUAUGCAAACAGGCAUUCUGCCUGGUUGUGAGCCAUGCCAUAAAAAGGUGUGUGCCCAUGGAACGUGCCAAGCAUCAAGCCAGUCAGGUUUCACCUGUGAUUGUGAAGAAGGAUGGAUGGGGCCACUGUGUGACCAGCGGACCAAUGAUCCCUGUCUUGGAAAUAAAUGCAUGCAUGGAACCUGCUUGCCAAUCAAUGCGUUUUCCUAUAGUUGCAAGUGUCUAGAAGGUCACGGAGGUGUCUUAUGUGAUGAAGAGGAAGAGCUGUUUAACCCCUGCCAGUCCAUUAGAUGUAAACAUGGAAAAUGCCGACUUUCAGGGCUCAGACAGGCCUAUUGUGAAUGCAAUAGUGGAUACACUGGGGAAAGCUGUGACAGAGAAGUCUCUUGUCGAGGGGAACGCAUCCGAGAUUACUAUCAAAAGCAGCAGGGCUAUGCUGCUUGCCAAACGACCAAAAAGGUAUCCCGACUAGAAUGUAAAGGCAGCUGCUCAAAUGGCCAGUGCUGUGGACCUCUGAGGAGCAAGAGACGGAAAUAUUCUUUUGAAUGCACUGAUGGGUCGUCCUUUGUGGACGAGGUUGAGAAAGUGGUGAAAUGUGGCUGUACGAGGUGCCCCUCCUAAACAUGUCCCCAGCACCUUUGUCUUUGAAAAUGUUGUAUACUUAUUGACCAUGUCGGACUAAUUAAUGCUUCAUAGUGGAAAUAUUUGAAAUAUAUUGUAAAAUACAGAACAGACUUAUUUUUAUUAUGAGAAUAAAGACUUUUUUUCUGCAUUUGCAAAAGAUUGAAGUGCUUGAACUAAGACUUCUCCUAGGCCAGAGGAGCUUUGAAGAAAGACAAUACAAAGAGCAUUACAGCAGUGAAGGAAAGAAGUGUAACUGCUUUUAACGCGGAUUCUUCUUUAUAACAUGCUGAAGACAAAUGGAUGCAAUACCCAAGGGACAUUCAGCCUACAGAGCAUUGAUGAAAGAUUGAUCUGAACAGAAGGCCUACUAUAUGUGCACUCAUUCAUAUCAGUACAUAUCACUGUUCCAUUAGAGCAUACCAAGCGUGCGCGCAUAUGCACACACACACACACACACACACGCAAACACAUGACAAAUACAUGCACACACAUAUGAAUGAGGAUGCAAGUUGGGUGAAUGGGAAUCCAGAGUGUACAGAUAAGAGUGUUUUGGGUAUAAUUGGAAAAUAUCCUGAAAAGACAGGUUCCAGUAAUGGAAAAAAGGAUUUGGUUUAAAACAUGAGAGGAAUGAGAUCUCUUAAAAUAUUCUCAAAAUAUAUUCUUAACAUCAAGCAUGUUAGCAAAAGAAGCACACAAAAGUGUUCAUCUACCUUUUUCCAGUAUUAAUUUUUUGUAAUAUAAUGUUAAAGGAGACACAAAACCAAUAGAUUAUUGAUGGAUAAAUUAGUAAUAUGAUUUUUUUGUUUCUAUGAGUUUAAACAGCCCUAUACAGUAUUCAGUUUCAUUGAGAAAUAUUUAUUAUAUCAAAGUACUUUGUACUUAACAUUUUAGGCCAUCCCUUUUACUGUUUUUCAAUGGUUUAAUAUAUAUUAAUUUAUAUUUGUCC